AUGGCAAAUGCUAAUCAAACUGUAUAUUUAAUAUUUGGUAAUAUAAAUUUAACAACUGAAUUAAAUAACACAAGUUUAUUAUCUAAUGAAGCGGUAUUUAUUAAUUAUGAGAAUUUACCACUUGUUGAACGUUUAACACUUUAUAUAACAUUUAUUGUAUCUGUUAUUGGCAUUAUUGGUAAUGCAGGUACAAUUGUUGUAUUAAAUCAACAAGCAAUGCGUAAAUGGCGUUCAUCAAUAUUAUUGUCAGCAUUAGCUGCUGUAGACUUUCUUUAUUUAUUAAUUAUAUUUUUAUCUAUUAUUGAUACAUUAACACAUCAAACUAUAGGUCUUCAUCGUUCAUUACUAUUAUGUCAAGGAACUGUUUAUAUAACACAUGUUUGUUCAUUUUUAUCAGCAGCAUUUACAUUAUCAUUUACAUUGCAACGUUUUAUAGCUGUACUUUUUCCAUUACAUGCUAAUACAAUCAUAUCAAAUCGUUCAUCAAUUAUAAAUAUAUUAUUACUUAUAUUUAUCAGUUGCAGUUUUUAUUCAUUUAGUUUUUUUCUUACGAAUAUAUCCCAAGGACAAUGUCGAGAAGAUGAAACUUAUCCAGCGUUAUUUCCAUUAUUAAUUGUUGAUAUAUGUUUAACAUUUAUUUUACCAUUUAUUUUUAUUCUUCUUUGUAAUAUUGCUAUUGUUUAUAAAUUACAAUCAAGAAAAAAAUUUACAGAUAAAUUUGGAGGAUCGUUGACUAUAGCAAGCUAUCAUCGACAAACAACAGAUUUAUGUCCUGAAAGACAACGAUUAUAUCAAUCAAAUGGAUAUGUAACUAGUAAUGAUUAUAUUCAAUUAAAAAACGAAAGAAAAAUAGCAACUCGUAAAAUUUCUACACCAUGUAUUGAAUCCGUUCGAUCAGGUAAUGAAUAUUUAUCACGUAUAACUCAUCCUCGUCUAUCGACACCAACAUUAUCCUAUGAACAUGUUACAACAACAACAGGAAAUGGUACUCAUCAACGACAAACAAUAUCACAACGAACAACAAAAAUGCUUGUUAUUUGUUCGACAACAUUUCUAAUAUUUAAUUCACCAUAUUGUGCAGUAUUAUUUUAUUCAGUUAUAUCAAAACAUGUCUUAACACGUACAUUGGAUAUAUUAAGACAUUUUUAUUUUAUGUCGUUUUGUUUAAAUUUUUUUCUUUAUUCAUUAUGUGGCAAUCGUUUUCGUCAUGAACUUAUUAUAUUAUUAAAAGCAUCUUGUCGACGAUGUUGUUUACGAAGUUUACGUCUACAUUGGUUACAUUUUGAUAAAAUUCCACAACAAUCGAGUAUAUCACGUGUAACUGUUCGUACUGGUGUUUAA